AUGUCGCUGUUCACGUUAAACAGAACGUCGUCCUCGGUCAGGGGUGGCACAGUUCCCUGGGGGCGGAGCGGGCGGCCGGGGCCCAGGGUCUCGAAGCAGCGGCCGGUGCGCGUGGUCUCGGGGUGGCGGGGAGCCGGGCUCCUGACCCAGGCGUGGGGCGUGCUCCGGGGGCUCGGCGGCAGGCGGCAGUUUCUCCAGCGAAUGGGACCCUCCGUCGCCAGCGGCGGACUCCCCGGGGCGGCUCCGCGCCUCGGCCCAGCCCGGGGCCGCCGCCUCUGCCGCCGGCUGAGCGCAGGAGCAUCCCGGCUCCCCGGAGGGUCGCGCGGCGCGCCGGUCCAGCUUGGGCAGCAGGUCCAGAGCUAUGUGCAAGGCACAGGCCAGCAAGAACACCACGAGGAUGAGCACGCGAAACCUGCGCACCAGGAUCAUCUUCAUGGCCGCGCAGGCCAGCGGGAUCGGGAGGGCUCAGGGCACGCGCUCCACCAGCGCCCCUCAGCUUGGCAACAAGCUGGCAACCACUGGCGGGUUAAGGUCCAUUCGGCGUGCAAGCAGCUACCACCUCGGGGGCUGUCCCCUGACACGGACGACAUGGAGGGCAUCCGCCACCAAAGCACCGGCUCUCCAGGCCAUCAUCUCGGGGGCGGCCAGCGGCCCUCGUUAGUGGAGCUGGUGGCGCUGGUGGCUGGGGAUGCAGGGGCGGGCGAGGGUCUCCUGGGUGACGGCCACACUCAUUGGGGGUGUAGGGUGGCAGCGCCGCUGUCCAUCCCGGCCGGGGCGCGGAGGGUCCAAUCCGCCGCGGGGCCGGCGCGGGGCCACGUCGGGUGCUGGGCUGGUGACCGGGCGGUUGUUCCGCGCGGGGCUGGGCGCUGUCAGGCUGCGGCGGGGAGGCUGGGCUGCAGACAAGGGGCGCACGAGGGGGCGCGCGGAGCGGUGGCGGGGCCUGGCAGGUGCAGCGGGCCGACCCGGAGCGCAGCGCCCGCUCGGCAGAGCUCCCGGUACCCCGAGCUCGGUCGGCUGAUAUCUGAGCGCGGCGGAGCCGCCCCCCGCGUCAGCGCCCGCAGAUUGGCGGAGCUGCGGCCCCGCGAGGCCCGGCCGGCCCGGCGUUCGCUUGUUCGUUCGCUCGCGCUCUCUCCUCCCCUCGGCCGCGCCCCGCGGUGUCGCCGCGCCUCCUACACUGUAAGCAGCGAGCCUCGGAGGCCCGGUCGGGAACCGGCAGGCAGCGCGGGCUCCGGGCCCGGUCCACCGGUCUCUCGGCCUGUCGCCUCCCUCCCCGGAGCUCCGCGCGCAGCCAGCUGCAGCCUCCGGGCUCCUCCCCAGCGAGUGGUGGCCAGAAAGCCGGCCAAGUCCCACCCCGGGGCCCGCGGGGCGUCUGCGCGGCCGGAUGAGUUUCCCUCCCGGCCGUCCCCGUGCACCUCGGUCCCUGCAGCCGGCUAGGUGGAGGACGGAGGGGCGACGCCGCCACGCCGUGGGGAGGUCGGCGAAGGGCGCGCCGGGCCCCAAUCCGAGGGGACGCCCGAACCGCGGCGAGGCUGCCGGGCCCACCCCACCCAAAGGGACACGCCUGCGCCUUAACCCUGGCGGCGCCGCGCCCCAG